UUGGGUUAUGUAAAGCGAUCCAGCAUUGGUUGCAGACAGCAUCAGCUGCAUUCUUCUCCUCUCCUAAAUCCCUUGCAUCCAUUAGUCUGACCACAGUUUCGGCUGAAGGACCAAGAACUGCACUUCGUUUGUAGCUCCUUUGAAUUUCAUAUUCAACCCAGACACUAGAUCAACAACCUGCAACCAUGGAGGCCAUCAAGAAGAAGAUGCAGAUGCUCAAACUGGACAAGGAGAAUGCCAUAGACCGAGCUGAGCAGGCCGAGACGGAACAGAAAGCUGCUGAGGACAAAUGCAAGCAGCUGGAGGAUGAACUGGUUGGCCUGCAGAAAAAGCUCAAACAGACUGAAGAUGAACUGGACAAGUACUCAGAGGCCCUGAAAGAUGCCCAAGAGAAACUGGAAAUGUCUGAGAAAAAAGCUGCUGAUGCUGAGGGUGAUGUGGCGGGCCUGAACCGCAGGAUUCAGCUGGUGGAGGAGGAACUGGAUCGUGCUCAGGAGAGGCUGGCAACUGCACUGCAGAAACUGGAAGAGGCGGAGAAAGCAGCAGACGAGAGUGAGAGAGGCAUGAAGGUAAUCGAGAACCGUGCCACAAAGGAUGAGGAGAAGAUGGAGAUCCAGGAGAUGCAGCUGAAGGAGGCCAAACAUAUCGCCGAGGAGGCCGACCGCAAAUACGAAGAGGUGGCCCGUAAACUGGUGAUUCUCGAGGGGGAGCUGGAGCGAGCUGAGGAGAGAGCCGAAGUCGCUGAAUGCAAAGCUAGUGAUUUGGAGGAGGAAUUGAAAAACGUUACCAACAACCUUAAAUCCCUAGAGGCUCAGGCAGAGAAAUACUCAGAAAAAGAAGACAAGUAUGAAGAGGAAAUCAAAGUCUGCGACAAGCUGAAGGAGGCUGAGACCCGCGCAGAGUUUGCAGAGAGGACAGUGGCCAAACUGGAAAAAUCCAUUGACGACCUGGAAGAUGAACUCUAUGCUCAGAAGCUGAAGUAUAAAGCCAUUUCUGAGGAGCUGGACCAUGCGCUAAAUGACAUGACCUCCCUGUAGAUCCAUCUCUGUCCUGCUCUGCUGCACUUCCUGCUAUCUUAGAUUUCUAGACACUUUCUUGCUUCAUUUUCUUCAAUGUGCCUUUGCAAGUCUCAAUAAAACACUCCUGUUGUUUCA